UUUUAAAAGCAGCAUGGAAAAUCUACGGCGCGGAGUGUGUUUCCCCGCAGGGCAGUUUGUUUGCUAAUGGUACAAUAUACUAUAGCCAGGCAACCGAGUUUCUUCUGGCAAGGGAGACCCUAACAACGCGAAGCACAGGAACACUGGAUCUGAGACACCAGGGCCUUCAUUAUGACAGCCGGACAGAUAAGAGAAACGACCAAUUUAAAACACGCGAAAGCGGAUCAUUUUGUCAGAAAUUCAACAGUCAAGAACAGCCCUAAAGUCAAAGGCUUGGACCGAAGCGGUUGGUGGAGAAGCACAAUCAAAGAAUCACCUAUUCCUGGAACCUAUGAAAUCCGAGACUUUAUCAGAGAGGCUCAGCUGAAUCCAGUGAAGCAGACAUACUGCUUCAAGGGUGAAGGCAGGAAGAAGGGUGUUGGUGCAGCCCGCAAAGGGGACCUCCUGUUGCCUGGUGCCUACUCCUACACUGACUGCAUCCAGCUACUAGAGAAACAACAAGUCACCUACUCCUUCAAGAACUGCUCCAGGAAAGAUGCCUUCAUGCUGGGCUAUAGAGACAAGGACAUGAAUACCUCACCGUGCCAGUACGACAUGUUACCAAAACCAGUGGCCAGGUUGCCUUGUAGGCAUGCAAACUUUCGAUCCACAGUUCUACGAUUCCCCACUAUCUACUUUGUUCCUAAAGAAGGUCCCAGUCCUGGUCAGUACAGUGUGAAAAGAGAACCUCCGCCUGCUAUCACGUCCUGCUUUCGUUCAGCAGUGCCCCGCAUGGUCACAGCGCGCAGUAAAACUCCUGGACCCGGAACGUAUGAGGCUUCAAGGCAGGUGCCAACGAAGAUGAAAGCAAUCGCAACCAUGGGCCACUUGCAUGGGCUCUUCUUCCGUAAUGCUUUUGAGUUUUAAAUUCUAUUGAAAACAGUGUCUGUGUGCGCUUUGUGACACAGCAUGCUGCAGUGACAUUUUAAUAUGUAGUUCAGUCAUAGGAUGGAAGAGGAUAUGAGUUAUGGAGUUUCCUGUAUUUGCUUUCCUCAGUUAGUGCUGGGACAAAUAUUUAAAGAUGUGAAUAAAAACUGCUUCAAAUGUAUUCAGAGACAAAACGUACCAUGUUCUUUCUUGAUCCUGUAAUGGAGUUUAAAGUUGACCAUGUCAAAAAGA